AUGGAUAAUCCAAAUCAGCCCAGCGACCCGACGUCCUUGAACCCCACCAUCCUGAUCACCGGCGGUGCCGGCUUCAUCGGCUCGAACUUCGUGCGCCUGGCGCUCGAACGCACCGAAGACCGCAUCGUAGUGUUCGACAAGCUGACCUACGCGGGCAGCUUGAGCAGCCUGCGCGACGUCGCCGACGAUCGCCGCUUUCGCUUUGUCGAGGGCGAUAUCGCCGACCGCGCGGCGGUCCGGGCGCUGUACACCGAAGAGCGCCCGCGCUGGACGGUGAACUUUGCCGCCGAAAGCCAUGUGGACCGCUCGAUCGACGCUCCCGGGGAGUUCAUCGAAACCAACAUCGUCGGCACCUUCGAGAUGCUCGAGGGGGCCCGUCAGCUGCACGAUCAGCUGACCGAGGCCGAGCGCGGGCGGUUGCGGUUCUUGCACGUCUCGACCGACGAGGUCUACGGCUCGCUCGGCGCCAAGGGUCUGUUUCGCGAAGACACGCCCUACGACCCAAGCUCGCCCUACUCGGCCUCGAAGGCGGCUGCCGACCACUUGGCCAACGCCUAUCACCACACCUACGGCUUGCCGGUGAUUGUGACCAACUGCUCGAACAACUACGGCCCGUACCAGUUCCCCGAGAAAUUGAUUCCGGUGAUGAUCCUGAACGCGCUCGAUGGCCAGGCCUUGCCGAUCUACGGCAACGGCAAGAACGUCCGCGAUUGGAUCUACGUCGGCGAUCACUGUGCCGGGGUGCUCGACGCCCUGGAAAGUGGCCAGCCAGGCGAGAAGUACAACCUCGGCGGCGGCAACGAGCGCACCAACCUGCAAGUGGUCGACACGAUCUGCGAGAUCCUCGAUGAGCUCCACCCGCCGACCGCUAACCCACGGGUCCGCGGCAGUGGCCUGGGCUCUUACAGCAAGCUCAAGACUUUCGUCGACGACCGACCGGGCCAUGACUGGCGCUACGCCAUCGACGCUCGCAAGGCGCGCAAGGAGCUGGGCUGGAAAGCCCAGCAUGACUUCUCGAGUGGCUUGCGCGAGACCGUGCGCUGGCCGCCAAAAGGAGACACCGCAGUGGAUUUUCAGCAGACCGAUCUCCCGGGAGUGAUCCUGGUCAAGCCCGACGUCCACGGCGACGAGCGCGGCUUCUUUCUCGAGACCUACCACCGCGACAAGUACGCCAAAGGUGGCAUCGGCGAGCGCUUCGUCCAAGACAAUCACUCGAAGUCGAGCCACGGCAUUCUUCGCGGACUCCACGCCCAGCAGAAGAAACCGCAAGGCAAGUUGGUGCGUGCCGUCGAGGGUGAGAUCUUUGAUGUCGCCGCCGACAUGCGUCAGGGCUCGCCGACCUUUGGCAAAUGGGUCGGCGAGGUACUGUCGGCGGAGGACUUUCACCAACUCUACGUGCCACCAGGGUUCUUGCAUGGAUUCUGUGUCCUCUCGGAAACCGCCCAGGUCGAGUACAAGUGCACCGCGCUCUAUGAUCCUGCCGACGAAGUGGCGGUGAUCUGGAACGACCCCGACUUGGCCAUCGACUGGCCCAUCGAAGAACCGCGUCUGUCCACCAAGGACGCCGCCGCACCACGCUUGGCGGAGAUCACCGACCGGCUGCCGAGCUACUCUGGCGAUUGA